UGUUCGGAGCCAGGGGUCUCUCUACCAGGACUCCCCGUACGGAGCAACAAAGUGCCGGUGCAGAUAGCCUCUCUGUCAGCUCUCCCGUUCAGGAUAACCGCUUCUUCUUUUCUUCUUUUUUUUUUUCCGACCGCUCGAUUUGGGCUCAUGGUCAGCGCCCCGGGGCUCGUGGCUGGUGGCAUAUCGGGCUUUUGAGAAAUCACCGAUGUGGAUCUUCCCGUGAGCGCAUCGCCCGCUUCCUCAAAGAAGUCCCACAGGUUAGAGCCCACCUGCUGAUAGAAAGACCACUCCCUGCAGAAAGAUGAAGCCAUUCAUGCCACCAGUCUGGAGAGCUGUCCUAGCCAUCUUCCUGCUGCCCACUGUCCAGUGUGGAGACAGCGAGGCCCAGGAUGCGGUCUUCCUGCCAGAGUUUGCCCUCUCUCCCCAGGGCAGCUUCCUGGAAGAUGCCACUGGAGAACAGUUCCUCACCUACAGAUACGACGACCAGGCCUCCAGGACAACCCGCUCAGAUGAGGACAGGGAAACCGGCUGGGACGCAUGGGGGAUCUGGAGUGAUUGCUCCCGGACAUGUGGAGGAGGAGCCUCCUAUUCACUACGUCGCUGUCUCAAUGGAGGCAACUGCGAGGGCAAAAACAUCCGUUACCGAACCUGCAGCAACAUGGAGUGUCCAGCGGAGUCCGGGGACUUCCGUGCCCAGCAGUGCUCUGCCCACAAUGACAUCAAAUAUCAGGGUGUGACCUAUGAGUGGGUUCCAGUGCCGUAUGACCCUUCAGCGCCUUGCGCCCUGCGCUGCCAGGCUUUGGGGAGCAGUUUCAUCGUUGAGCUGGCCCCCAAGGUGCUGGAUGGGACACGCUGCCGGUCAGAUGCUUUUGACAUGUGCAUCAAUGGAGUGUGUCAGGAGGUGGGCUGCGAUCGACAGCUGGGCAGUGGUGCCAGGGAGGAUAACUGUGGCGUCUGUGGUGGCGAAGGCUCCACAUGUCGGCUGGUGCGUGGACAAGCUCUGCCUCACGUCUCACCAGAAGAGCCUUUGAAGACAGUAGUUGAAGCCCCCAUUGGAAGCCGCUUUCUCCGCGUCAAUGCUAAAGGCCCUGAUAUCAUAGUCAUUGAGGCUGUCUCGCUUCACGGGAGGACAGAAGAGACCAGUCUGAUGUCUACAGGCUCCUUUGUGAUAGGGAACACCUCCCUGGACUUCCAGAGAGGGACAGACAGGCAGACACUGAGGACACAGGGACCACUCAGUGCAGAUUUCAUCAUCAAGAUUAAGUAUGGAGGGCCAAGGGACACGGCGGUCCAGUUCCUCUUUUACCAGCCCAUCAGGUACCGGUGGAGAGAGACUGACUUCUUUCCCUGCUCCGUCACCUGUGGGGGAGGUUACCAGCUGAACUCUGCAGAGUGUACGGACAUCCGCUCCAACCAAACCUUGCCUGAGCAGCACUGUAACAGCUACCCCGAGAACACCAAACCCACACCCAAACUCAAGGAGUGCAACAUGGACCCUUGUCCAGAAAGUGAUGGAUUCAUAGAGGUGAUGCCAUACGACCACUUCCAACCACUGCCUCGUUGGGAACAGGGUCCGUGGACCCAGUGUUCGGUGUCAUGCGGGGAACUUGGGGGGUUGCAGGAGCGCAGCGUGGUGUGUGUGGAAGAGGACACACAUGGCCAGUUCUCCCAGGUGGAGGAGUGGAAAUGCACUCACUCCCCCCGGCCCGUCACACGACAGAUGUGCAACACCUUUCCCUGCCCUCACUGGGUGGCCAUGGAAUGGUCUCAGUGCACAGUGACGUGUGGCCGUGGGCUGCGUUACCGUGUAGUUCUCUGUAUUGACCACCGGGGGCAGCACAUUGGCGGCUGUAAGACAGCACUUAAACCGCACGUUAAAGAAGACUGCUUGGUCCCCAUUGCCUGCCACAAGCCCAGAGAGUCAGUGCCAGUGGAGGCCAAGGUGCCCUGGUUAAAACAGGCCCAGGAGCUAGAGGAGCACCGCACUGCCACAGAGUAUCCCACAUUCAUCCCAGGGCCAUGGCUGCCCUGUAGCACCACUUGUGGGCCUGGCAGACAAACGCGUGAGGUGAAAUGUCGAGUGUUGCUCUCCUUCACCCAGACGGAGGUGGACCUCCCUGAGGAGGAGUGUGGAGAACACCGACCCCAGUUGGUGAGGCCAUGCAACGAUGGGGCCUGUGCUGGAGUCUCAGGCAUCUCCCCAGAUCUCCAAGCGCCUGGGGACCCUCUCACUGGGGGAGAGGAACUUCACCACUGGGACUACAGGGGCUUCACUAUCUGCUCAGUCACCUGUGCUUCUGGGAAGCAGACAGCAGUUGUUAGGUGUGUGCACAGGAGGAGAGGAGAGGAGGUGGAGGACACUCUGUGUGAUCCCUCCAGCAAACCGCCACUUAUGAUCCGGAUCUGUAACCCUGAGCCAUGCCCUGCGAGGUGGGAGGUGACUGCAUGGCAUGGAUGCUCUGCAUCCUGUGGAGUGGGCAUACAAACCAGGAGUGUGUACUGCAUGCGUCUGCUCUCUGUGGAUCAGCAAGAUAGUGUGAAUGUGUCAGAAGAUGAAUGUAAAGAGUUCAAACCAGCCAUCCUCCAACCCUGCAACCAACUAGACUGUCCUCCUGCCUGGGAGACUGAGCCUUGGCAACAGUGCUCCCAGUCCUGUGGUGGGGGUGUCCAGGUGCGUAAGGUCUAUUGUAAGCAGCUUCUUUCCACGGGGGCUUACAGGAGGCUUGGCAAUGGGGCCUGCCAGGAGGACAAACCCUCCUCCCACAGAGCCUGCGCCAGCACCGACUGCCUGCCCUACAUGGCUGGAGAAGAAUGGGGCAAGUGCUCAGUGUCCUGUGGGCUGGGGAUUCAGCGCAGGGAGUCAGUAUGUCAGAGGCUGACAGCUAUGGGCCACCAGGUGAUGCUGCCAAAAGGGGUCUGUGAUGGGCUUCCCUCCCCUCCCCUUGUCCGCACCUGCCGCAUGAUGACCUGUCCUAAGCACAGGAAGGAGUUGAGCCCCAAAGAGACACUGAGGCUUUCUGUCAAGAACCAAGUCAAACAGACAGCAAGACUUCCUAAUACCAAACACUGUCCAGUGCUCAUGGCUCUCCACUGCAUCUACAUCCAGAUUCGCCCAGAGAAACGCCUCCAAAUUACCAUCGGUGGCCACGCAUACCUCCUGCCCAACACCUCUUUGGUUAUCAAAUGCCCUGUCAGAAGGUUCCCAAAGGCAUAUAUCCGCUGGCUCAAAGAUGGUCAUCCCCUGCCCAGUUCCAAGCACUUGGGCAUCACUAAAUCUGGUUCUCUCAAGAUCCACUUCUUAGGGCCUGGGGACAUUGGCGUAUACAAAUGUAUUGCUGGUCCCGCCUCUGACAUCUUCACCCUCCAGCUUAUUGGCGAUGACAACAGGUUGAUUGGCAGACCCUCAGCAGAGGAUGAGUCUGCUGCCAGCUCAACUUCAAGAUGGGAGGAGAUGCUUCCCAGUUGCCACAGCCACCUGUCUCAGCUGGACCUUUAUGGGCCUCGCGUCAGUGUGUCUCUGCUGCCCCCUGGUGUCCAGGAGGCCUUUCUGCAGCCCAGGUUGAAGGAGAGGUUGAUAAACAUCACCCUACAGGCUGACAGAGGAGCGAUCCAUCAGGAUCAGGCGUCACAGCUCAUCUCCUCACUUUUAACCCAGAUGUUUGCUGCAGAGCUUUGGAACAGACCUAGACAGGAAACAGGACAGAUCAAGAGCAGACUACCCAAUUGGUCAGAGCGCUCAGGGGAGAAGGUUUCUCAGAGCCCUGUGAUUAUCAGACAGCAGCAGAACCUUCUGGUUGCCCUCCAGAAGAAUAUCAACAUCAGCGUUGGAAACACCAUCUUCCUCACCAAUGGCACCCAUUCACUCACCAUACGCUGCCCCACGGAGGGUUCAGCACGGCCCAAAAUUGUCUGGACCAAAGAUGGAGCGCCUCUGCAACACACUGACAGGGUGUCCUGGGGUUCUUCUGGAGGACUCCACAUCAGCCAGCCCAGAGCAGCAGACAGGGGCCAGUACACAUGCACAGCCACCAAUGUGCAUGGCUCCGAUUCUGAGACAUCUCAGCUUCUAGUCGCUGAGAUCCCGGCCAUAGCUGUGUCAUGGAGAAACACAUCAGACCAAGGCGUGGCAGUGGACCAUAACCUGAGGGCCACGGUGGGGGGGCGGGUCAGCGUACGACCUGGGGCCAACCUUACCCUUGACUGUCCUGUCUCUGGUGUACCCCAGCCCAAGGUGACUUGGCACAGAAAGGACAGACCUUUAGAUGUCAGCAUGGUCUCUCUGCCCUCUGGCUCACUCUGGCUGAGGAACGUCAGUCUGCAGAGCCAAGGCACCUACUCCUGCAUAGCCAUCAAUCCCAUAGGAAAGUCUACUGCCUCCACUGUCCUGCAUGUCUAUGGUCAAUACCCAGCGGGGACAAGCAGGGUGACGUCCGUCUCCCAGGAGCUGAGCAGGAGGAGGGUCCUCAUGGCUUCACGCAGUGGAACUAGUGUUAUAAUCAGACCAGGAGAUCUCUUACGAAUAGGUUGCCCAGUGGUACCUGACCACACAAUGCCUGUCCACUGGGAGUACCAAAACCUGACCCUGAAGGAGGCUCCAGGACCGGGUCAGGAUCAGGGUCGAGGUCUGGGUUUGCAGUACAGAAUGCUGAUGAAAGGUCGUGUCCUGGAGGUCAACACGCUGCAGGGGAAGUUCUCAGGUCGCUACAUAUGUCGGACUCUCAUCAACAGUACCAGACAAACAAUGUCUGCCUGGAUCUACGUCCACACGGAGGAGUUUAUGUGGCGUGUUGGAGAUUGGACCGCAUGCAGCUCAUCUUGCGGGGACAGAGGGACACGCUUGCAGAGGGUGCGCUGUGUUAGCCCAAAGGGGAGAGACGUACACCCUACCAUGUGUCACCAAAUACCUAGACCCGUCAGCUCCCCAGUGGCCUGCAACAUAAAGGACUGCCCUCCGAGCUGGGUGGUUUCUGAGUGGUCUAAGUGCUCAGCUUCGUGUGGCGGUGGUUGGAGGCAGAGGCAAGUGUCCUGCCAGCAGUUCGAGGCCAAGGGAGCGGUGAGGACGCUAGCGCCAUCUGCCUGUGGUAGGAGCACACCACCAGCUGACAGAGAGGAGUGCACCUCCAGUAUAUGUCCUAACUGGGUAACCAGUCCUUGGGGAAAGUGUUCAGGGAGGUGUUUAGGCUCCACUGUUACUGUACAGAAAAGAUCUGUCAUCUGCCAGCAUGCCAACGGUUCCUCUCACCAAGACUGUGACUUCGGGAACAGGCCAGCGUCGGAACGGAACUGUUCAUCGGCGCUGUGUGACGUGCAGUGGAGGGUGGGUCCAUGGCGGGCAUGCACGGUGGCGUGUGGGGGCGGUUUUCAGUCACGCAGGGUCGACUGUGUCCACCGGAGGAGUGCCAGGACUCUGCCAGACCAGCACUGCGCCUGGCUCAAACGCCCUGCUACCUGGCAGCACUGCACCACCACCACCACCUGUGGAAGGGAAUGCAAGGACUCGACACAGUAUUGCGAUGUGGUGAAGAGACUAAAGCUUUGCAACGUCGACAUGUACAAGCAGAGGUGCUGCGAGUCAUGUUUACAUGGCACUGAGUCCCCCUAGUGGUCACCAGCAGUAGAAGUUACACUGCUUCAUAAACGGAGGGACUUCAGCCAGCGAUGGAAAUACUGUAACCGGGAGGUAAUCUGCAAGUGGCUGCUUCAAACACUGCACAAUUAAAGACGGAACAGAAGUCACUCCUGUUUUUGGGGCUCUUUGAAGAGGGGGUUUCUUUUCUGAUUUGGACCCAAUCUCUCUUCUGACAGGGUAUUUGCAAUGUGGAUCCAACAAACGUUUUGGACCUAACGUCAUCUAAUGUUGACCUAAAAUCCCAGCUCAUAAUAUUAUUCCAGUGACAUUCGAUAAAGGAGGCCAAAAGGGACAUGAUUAAGGAGUGCCAACACCCUCUGGACAUGUACGUAAACACAAAGAAAGAGUGGGUAUCCUGUGUUUGUUUAAUUUAUAAUAGUGCUUGGUUAUACAUGUAUAUAGAAUAGUGAGAAUUUUGGAUCUAAAUCCUUAAUGACCAUUCACAUGUGUGAAGGUGUAGGGAUGCCGAAUUGGAGUGUAGUCGUCACUGACGGGAAAAAAAGGGGACGAUUUUGGAUGCUACUGUGCCAGAGAUGUUGGGAGUGAGGUGGGCCUAUGGGGUUAUGAACUUAGUGAAAGCAUGAAUUCAUUUUUGCCAAAUCCACAGUUUUAUCAACACCACUUUAUGAUUUUAAACCUUGACAAAGAGUUAUGGUUUAGUUAGAGCUGCACAAUAUUACAACCGAGGCAUUGUUCAGCUAGCCACGUUUCCAUCCAAAUGUUAAGCGAAUUUUAACCAAAUGUUUGAAAAGCUGAGUUGUGUUUCACUUAGCUGGUUUUAAGCGACUGAAUAGUCUCCCUGUACAAAGAACUACAUCAUCAAAAAUAUUCAAGACCAAGAAGGGAGGAAAGUACUGCUUGCCAUCGGAGAAAUUUGAAAAGGAAAAAAAAAUCUGUCGUUCUUUAUUGCAUAUUUUUAUCAACACAUAAACUUUACCGCCUUCAGCGAGUAUAAAAAAUUUUUUUUGCGAUAUUUGAAAUGUUGUUUUGAUUUUUUGGUAUCUCAAAUGUAACUUUUCUUAUUCACAAGCUUAAAAUUCGCGUAAAACUUGUUCGAUGGAAACAUAGCUGUUGAUGCUGAUGGAAUAUUUAACCCACUCUAAAGUCAGUAAAAAUGAACCACAACUUUGUUUGUAUUGAUUAAUGAGUCUUUUCAUUUUACCUGUCUUUAUCAUACAUGCUGCAUUGUAAAAUAUGUCUUGUAUAUAUUAUGUUUUAAGUGCAAUAUUGUACAUUGAACGUAUGUAGAUUUUGUGAGACUUUUAUUUUCUUAAUCUUUAGUCAGAAUUUAGGUGUCUUUUUAACUCCUGUUUGAAAUCUUGGAUUAUAAACACAAAGAUAUAAAGCACUUGUUAAUGUUGGUCAGGCCGGAUGUUUGCCACAACUCACCUAUUUUUUACUUGCAUGUAUCAAAGUGCAAUCUCAGAUUUUUAUAGAUGAAUUAUAACAUGCCACUCAGUAACAUGCAUACUUACAUUCAGUGUUUCUCCUUGGCUACUGAUAACUAUAUAGCAUAUUUUGGGUGUUGACAUUCAUACUGUUUGUGGAAUUGCAACUUCAGUGAAGGAACGUGAAGUAUUAUAACAAACAUUAAAGUGCUCUACAUAAUACAAAAGAAUAAAGAUAGUUUGAUC